ACGUCAUGGACGAUAAACUCUACGUGGAAUUACACGUAUUCGAAUACGAAUCACUAUCAAAUUUCAUCGAACCCAUGACAGAUACUCCACCCACCAGCAUUUCUCCGUCUAAAUACUCCAGGUUAUCUCGGUUAACAAAAGAAGCAAUAAACACACCACCCGCAUCGAAGUCCACAAAACAAAAAACCGAUGAAACCACAACGGAACAUCAACCAAACAACGAUAUAAACGAAAAUCGACCAUCCGAACAUACCACCAACACUAAACAAUCGGCGAAUUCUUAUAGCAGAACUGGCAACCUCGACGAUUAA